UUGUCCUUUCCUUUGCUUUCUCUCAUUGUUCUUAGACAAGGGCAUUCUUCAAUUCGCAAUUUUAAAGGGUUUGGUUACUUUCAUCAAGCCACAAUGGGACCCAAUUCUAUGAGUCUCAGAAUGUUCCUUGUUAUGUUUUUCUUAGUUUCUGUCGUUGUCAUAGGUACUUUGACGUACCAAAACUCUACUUUCAGAAUUUUCGAGGGGUUUUUGAGAAGCAAUGUACAAGGAGGAACAAGUCAGAAUGUUACAACUCAUGGCUUUGGAUUGAGAGGAACAAUCCAAAAUAUAAAAAAUGAAAGCUUAGGAAAAGAAGGUGGAGUUCAGAACCCACAAGGGACAUCUCAAAAUGAAGGAAGAACUAAGAAUAUUACAAAAGCAGAUGAUGGUUCUAAAACUGCUUCAUUGACAAGUUCACAUGCUGCUAAUCUUGAUGACAAACUACUCGGUGGACUGUUAACCUCUGGAUUUGAUGGAGCAUCAUGCAUAAGUAGGAUGCAGUCUUACUUAUACCGCAAAGUUUCUCCUCAUAAACCUUCUCCAUAUUUGAUAUCUAAACUACGUAACUACGAAGAAAUUCAUGCAAGUUGCGGACCUAAUAGUAGAGCUUAUGAUAGAAGCAUGAGAGAGAUUGAACACUCCAAGAACAAUGGUGUCGCUACAAUGUGUAAGUACCUUAUCUGGAAUCCUGUCAAUGGAUUGGGGAACCAAAUGAUUAGUUUGGCUUCAACAUUUCUUUAUGCCAUCCUCACUGAACGAGUGCUACUUGUAAAACUUGAGAAAGACAAGCAUGGCCUAUUUUGCGAACCAUUUCUCAACUCAACUUGGAUAUUACCCGAGAACUCGACUUUUUGGAAUCAAAAUCAUAUUGAAACAUAUCAGGUCAUGCUAGAUAAGGAUAGGGCUAGCAAUUCAACGGAGGAUUUACCAUUAGCUCUGUUUGUUAACCUACAACACCCCUUUUUUAACCCUGAGAAAAUUUUUCACUGUGAACAUACUCAAGAUCUUCUCCGAAAGGUCCCUUUAUUGAUUUUGCAGUCUGAUCAAUUCUAUGUGCCCUCUCUGUUCAUGACCUCAUAUUUCGACACGGAAAUCACCAAAAUGUUCCCGGAAAAAGACACGAUUUUCCACCAUUUGGGUCGCUACCUUUUUCAUCCUUCCAAUGAGGCAUGGGAACUUAUCAUUGGUUACUAUGAGACACACCUGGCCAAUGCAAAUGAAAGGAUAGGCAUCCAGAUAAGAGUAUUUAAUCCUGAGUCCACUCCAAAACAAGAAUAUAUGGAUCUAGUUUUAAGCUGCACCUUAAACCAUAAGUUACUGCCAGAAAUAGGUUUGCCAAAUCCAAUGUCUUCUACGGGGAAAAAUCAUACUGCAAGUGUAAAGGCAGUUCUUGUGGUAUCUUUAUAUCCAGAGUUUGGGGAUAAUUUGCGAACUUUAUAUCUGAAAAAAACAACAGUUAGUGGGGAAGUGAUACAAGUUUAUCAGCCAAGUCAUGAAGGGAAUCAAAAGUUUAAUGAUAAAAUGCAUAAUAUGAAAGCUUGGAUGGACAUUUAUCUACUAAGUUUAUCUGACGUGUUGGUGACUUCCCCUUUCUCUACUUUUGGCUAUGCUGCUCAAGGGUUGGGAAAUUUGAAGCCAUGGCUUCUUUCCCAUGUAAAGAAAAAUGAUACCCAUUCUUCAACAUGUGAACGGGAUUUUUCAUCGGAGCCUUGUUAUCAUAUGCCUCCCAAGCACUAUUGCAACGGAAAACUCAUGAAAGAUUUCGUUUCUUCUUUUCCUUAUUCGAGGAGGUGCAAGGAUUUUUAUCCAGGCAUGAAGUUAGGUAACAAUUUUGUGUAGUUACAUAUUUU